AAUGGAGUAAGAAUAUAUAUAUGACUAUUGACUGUAGUAUUCUUUUCCCUGACAGGAAAAAGAAAUGGAGUGGAGCAACGUGAUUGAGGGAGAGCAAAGCGGGAGAAAAAGGAAGGGGGGGAAACAACACAACAGUGCAUUUGUUGCGGACACGGACUUUGGCAGCCAUUCAAUCACCCACCAGACACUCAUCUCUUCCGCCCCUGCUGCCUAAGCUGCUGCUGCUUUUUCCUCUGCUCCUCACCUCCUCCACGCCUCCUCCCCUACCCUUUUCCCCUCCUUCUCCUCUGCAGCCGCCUGCGCCAUGUCGUCGUCGUUCGCGCACCACCACGGCUCUCUGCAGGUGGAGAGGAUGUCUGCGCUGAAGAGUAGCCUCAGGCCGUGCGAGGCAGCCGAGGAGGUGGCGGCCGCCGUGGUCGCUGGGCCGGCGGCGUGGGGAGCCGGGCUGCUGGGUGACGGCUUCUCGGUGGAGGAGCUCCUCGACCUUGAGGAGCUCUGCGAGGUGGACAAGGAAGGCGGCUUCCUCUGCGAGACGGCGCCGGCCGCCGAGGAGGACGAAAAGUGCAGUGACUCCCACGGGUCGUCGGCGGUCUCCUACGAGCUCAUGCCGCUUAUUCCACAGGAGAUGGACCUGCCGGCCCACGACGCGGAGGAACUGGAGUGGGUGUCGCGUAUCAUGGACGACUCGCAGGCAGAGCUCCCGCCGCCGCAGCAGCUCCCAGCGCCAGCGGCGUGGCCACCGCAGCACCGCCGGCCGCAGGAAAGCGCCGUGCCGACCGUGGACCCUAUGCGGACCCCGACCAUAUGCGCGCUUUCCACGGAAGCGUUGGUGCCGGUGAGGUCGAAGAAGCGCAGCAAGCGCUCGCGCGGCACCACCGUGUGGUCGCUCUCCGGUGCGUCCAUAUCCGACUCGGCGUCGUCGUCCGCCACCAGCUCCUCCUGCUCCUCGUCGGCCUCCCUGUCGUCCUUCUUCCUAAUGGACUCCCCCACCUUCAACCUCCUCGACGAACCUCCACGCCCCAAGAACAAGAGCAAGAAGUCCAAGCACAAGGCCAAGAAGCGCGGGCGCAAGCCAAAGAGCCAUCUCCCGCCGCAGCUGUCGGGCGGCGCCGCCUCCCCGCCGGCCCAGGGCGACCGGCGGUGCAGCCACUGCGGCGUCCAGAAGACGCCCCAGUGGCGCGCUGGGCCGGAGGGCGCCAAGACGCUGUGCAACGCCUGCGGCGUCCGCUUCAAGUCGGGGCGGCUCCUCCCGGAGUACCGGCCGGCGUGCAGCCCCACGUUCGUGGGCAACCUGCACUCCAACUCCCACCGCAAGGUGCUGGAGAUGCGCCGCAAGAAGGACCCCGUCCCCGUCGUCAUCGAGGCCGCCACCGCGCCGGCCGUGGCCUCGUUCUAGCCGCCCCUCCCCGCGGCGGGUAGUGUACAUCUUUUUCGGCCGUGCCGUUGAUUAGUCUGUUGUAACGCACUCGUGGAUUUUUCUUGGCGUCCUCUAUUUAGUUGUUGCCCUACUACUAGAAAGAACUUGUUAGAAAGUAGUUUUAGUAGGAGUCUAUUAGGUCGUGUUAGGUGUAGGGAUUACCACUGCUCUACUAAGCUUUCGGUUUUAGCUUUGGUCUGUUAGGAUAUUGCCGUAGAAGUGGCGCCUUUUUAGUGGAGUCUCGGGAAGAAAGCUUUUCGAAGUUGUUUGAAUCAUGCGAGGCAGAAGUGGCAAUGUCCAUGCUUGGGUUA